AUUUUGUGAACAACUGGCAACACUGGGGCGGGCUCUCAGUCUCGGCUUUGGUGCGAGAUCCUCCGCGAAAUCUUUAGUAUGUGUGCGGCUCCCCUCCACAUAGAUGAUGAGAACUACCAGCCUGUUCUAAAAGGGAAAAAAAGAGAAGAAAGAGAGGAUGGGUCCAGUAGAUACCAGAGGGCUCUACGAUCAGAUGAGAUGGACAGGAAGUUUGGAUACGAGAGAUACCUUGAGCUGGAGGAGAAGAUGGGAUGGCUGAUUAACUUUCAUCCAUCUGAUGUAAUGGAUGAUAAUCAGCGUCUAGUCAGUGCUGUUGAUUUUUAUUUUGUUGAAGAAGAUGGCAAUCGUUUCAAAGUCUCCCUCCCUUACCAACCUUACUUUUACAUUGCUACUCAGAAAGGUGUUGAGAGAGAAGUGAGUUUGUUCUUGAGUCGUAAAUUCUCUGGCCGUCUUGCCGGGAUCGAUACAGUGGAAAAGGAAGACCUUGAUUUACCUAAUCAUCUUGUUGGUUUAAAAGCAAUUUAUUUAAAGCUGAGGUUUCAUAGUGUUGAUGAUCUCAUGAAAGCAAAAAGGGAUAUUGUUCCAGCUGUUAAGAGGAAUAAGACCAGAGAGAAGUCUAAAGCUGUAUAUGAUCCUGGUCUAUUCACAGGUGGUUUUGUGUCCAGUACUGGAGGGGCCAGUCAUACAGUAACUGAUCAAAUGGAGAAUAUCAUUGAUAUAAGAGAACAUGAUGUACCAUAUCAUAUAAGAGUGGCUAUUGAUAAUCGCAUUAAUGUGGGUCAUUGGUAUUAUGUUAAAGGGUGUGGUUUAGAUCCUCCUGAGAUUCGUAUGUUAGAAGAUGAGCCUGAUAGACCAGAUCCUGUCAUCAUGGCGUUUGAUAUUGAGACUACAAAGUUGCCAUUGAAGUUCCCUGACGCUAGCUCUGAUGUCAUCAUGAUGAUAUCAUACAUGAUUGAUGGACAGGGAUAUUUGCUAACAAAUAGAGAGAUUGUUGGUGGAGAUGUUGAGGAUUUUGAGUACACACCAAAACCAGAAUAUGAAGGACCUUUUAGAGUAUACAAUGAACCCAAUGAGGUGUCUCUACUGAGAAAAUUCUUUGAUCAUAUUACUCAAGUUAAACCUAAUAUCAUAGUCACAUACAAUGGCGACUCAUUUGAUUGGCCUUUUGUUGAGGCAAGGGCUGAGUUUUAUCACAUAUCAAUGUAUGAUGAGAUUGGGUUUGCUCCCGACUCACUUAAUGAGUAUAAGAGCAGGCCUUGUAUUCACAUGGACGCAUUUAGGUGGGUAAAGAGAGACAGUUAUUUGCCAGUUGGUAGUCAGAACCUCAAAGCUACUACUAAAGCUAAACUCCGUUAUGAUCCAAUAGAGUUAGACCCUGAGGAUAUGUGUAGGAUGGCCAGUGAGCAACCACAGGUAUUGGCUAGUUAUUCAGUCUCUGAUGCUGUUGCUACAUAUUACCUUUAUCUCAAAUACGUUCAUCCAUUCAUAUUUGCACUGUGCACUAUAAUCCCAAUGGAGCCUGAUGAGGUAUUGCGUAAAGGAUCAGGCACACUCUGUGAGGCUUUACUAAUGGUCCAGGCAUACCAUGGGAACAUUAUAUUCCCCAACAAACAAGAAUCAACAUUAAACAAGUUAACUGAUGAUGGUCAUUUAUUGGACAGUGAAACGUAUGUUGGAGGUCAUGUGGAAGCACUGGAGUCUGGAGUCUUCCGUAGUGACAUUCCUUCAAGAUUUAAACUGAGUCCUGACAUGUUGCAGUGUCUUGCUGAUAAUGUGAACAGAACAAUGAAGCACGCUCUUGAGGUUGAAGAGAAGGUACCACUUGAAGAAGUCACAGACUUUAAUGAGGUUUGUAGUGAAAUAGUUUCUAAACUGAUUAACCUGAAGGAGACUCCACAGCGACUGGAGCAUCCAUUGAUAUAUCAUCUUGAUGUUGGAGCUAUGUAUCCUAACAUUAUACUCACCAAUCGCCUUCAGCCACCUGCUAUUGUUGAUGAGGUCAUGUGUGCUUCGUGCGACUUCAAUAAACCAGGCUGCACCUGCCAGAGACACAUGGACUGGAAAUGGAGAGGAGACUUCUUGCCUGCAAGUCGUAAUGAGUAUCAAAGUAUUAAGUUACAGUUAGAGAGUGAGACGUUACCAGGACUAGCACCUGGUGAUCCUCCUCGCAGCUAUCAUCAACUCCCUCCUAUUGAACAAGCGAGCAUUGAGAAGAAACGUCUAGCAGAUUAUUGUCGUAAAGCUUAUAAACGUGUCCGUGUGACAAGAGAAGAGUUACGAAGCACAACAGUCUGUCAGAAAGAAAACUCGUUCUAUGUGGACACUGUCAGAGCAUUUCGGGACCGUCGGUAUAAAUUCAAAGGAUUGUUGAAAGUUUGGAAGAAGAAACUUGACGCUGCUAAACAAGAAGGAGACCCAGCAGAGAUAAAGAGCUGCAAGAACAAAGAAGUACUGUAUGACUCACUACAGCUAGCACACAAAUGUAUCCUCAAUUCCUUUUAUGGAUAUGUAAUGAGGAAAGGGGCACGUUGGUACUCAAUGGAAAUGGCUGGUAUAGUGUGUUACACUGGAGCCAGUAUCAUUACUCACGCUAGAGAAAUUGUUGAACAAAUUGGGCGUCCACUGGAGUUAGAUACUGAUGGUAUUUGGUGUAUCCUCCCCUCAAGCUUUCCUGAGAAUUUUGAAUUCCACACUACAGGGAAGCGUCCUAAAGUGACUGUGUCAUAUCCUGGAGCUAUGUUGAAUGUUAUGGUUCAAGAUAAUUUCACUAACCAUCAGUACCACACACUAAUUGACCCUGGGAAACUGGAGUAUAACCAAACCAGUGAGAACUCUAUCUUCUUUGAAGUUGAUGGUCCUUAUAAAGCUAUGAUACUACCAGCAUCAAAGGAAGAAGGAAAGAAACUAAAGAAAAGGUAUGCUGUCUUUAAUGAAGAUGGUACACUAGCUGAAUUAAAGGGAUUUGAAGUUAAAAGACGCGGAGAACUACAAUUGAUAAAGAACUUCCAGUCCUCAGUAUUUGAGGCAUUCCUCAAUGGCAGUACACUCCAAGAGUGCUAUGAGUCUGUGGCCACAGUGGCUAACUUCUGGCUAGAUGUACUUUAUAGUAAGGCUGCUAAUAUGCCAGACUCUGAGUUAUUUGAUUUGAUAUCUGAGAACAGGAGCAUGUCACGGAAGCUCGAGGACUAUGGGCAGCAGAAGUCAACGUCCAUCAGUACAGCUAAGAGAUUAGCUGAAUUUCUUGGAGAUCAAAUGGUCAAAGAUGCUGGCUUGAGCUGUCGUUUCAUAAUUGCUUGUAAACCUGAAGGAUCACCAGUGACAGAGAGAGCAAUACCACUAGCUAUAUUCCAGGCAGAGCCCACCAUCACUAGACACUAUCUUUGUAAAUGGUUAAAGUGUUCAGCUCUUGAUGACUUUGAUAUAAGAGCAAUAUUAGAUUGGAAGUAUUACAUAGAGAGGCUUGGUAGUGCUAUACAGAAGAUCAUUACAAUACCUGCUGCUAUGCAAGGGGUAUCUAAUCCUGUUCCCAGAGUGACUCAUCCUGACUGGUUGCACAAGAGGCUCCUGGAGAAGACUGAUGUAUGCAAGCAACAGAGAAUCAGUGAAAUGUUCACAGUUCUACCCUCAAGGCAACAACAGGAUGAUUCAGAGAAUAUGGAUACAAGUAAUGAGAUGAGUGGUGGUGGUACUAAAAGACGUCUUGAUGAUAGCACUGGAGAUAUCGAAGAGACUAAUUGGAACAAGAGACAACGUAAAGGAGGACAAGCAACACUCCCACUAGUCACCAGACACACAGCCUCACCCUCACCAUCACAAGUAUCACAAAACAUGAGGUCCUGGAAGGAAAUUCUAGGACCCCCUCCAUCUUGUGGACACACUAGAAGUGAGUUCCUUGUCUGGUUGGAUUACCAUAAGAGAAAGUGGCAGAUACAGAGAGGGCAGCGAAAAGAGCGUCACAUCAGAAGGAACCCUUCUCUUAGCGGUGGACUUACUUCUUUCUUUGAUAGCAGGAGCACUUCGACUAACAUGUCAGGAUUCCUCAGACAGAAGAACAGGGCACUAGCCGAACAACCAUGGCAGAUAAUACAGGUGUCAGAGACACAGACGCCAGGCCAGUUUACUAUGUGGGUCCUAGUUGAUGAUGACCUUCAUCAAUUGAAGCUUUCUAUCCCAAGGAUAUUCUAUGUUAACUCGAGAGUAUCGAGACAGCUAACAACGUCUGAUGAUGAUGAUACCUCUGCAUGGCGUAAUGUAUCAAAGAUACUGCCCAGAGCUACUCCUCCUAUCAAUCUUUAUGAGUACAGUGUACCGGAAACCAUCUUCAAAGAACAUGCUGGUGAAUUGGUGACACAGUUGUCUUCUCCUGAUAUUGAAGGCGUGUAUGAGUCCAAUGUUCCUCUUGAUUUCAGAUCAGUCGUCUCACUUGGUUGUGUCUGUACUGUUAAUAAAGCUUUCUCUAAAGCAGUUUUGAAUAGAUCAAUAGACACCUUUCAGUUAUCACAAUUAGACUACAAGACAGUAGCUCAGUAUCCCUACAUGGAGAAGGAUUGUGUUAAACUGAUACAUUUCUAUCAGUGCUCAUGUGAGUCUACAUCUUUAUAUGGCUUGUUCAUGAUGGGUACUGGUAAAGCUCAUGUCUUUGGGAUUGAUACUGUAAGGACCAACCAAAUGCCUAACCUUAGCAACCUCUAUCGAUCUGAGAGAAACUCAAGGAUCAGUGAGUUUGGUCCUGGUUACCCUUUGCCACCGGAAGACUUCACGUUUGAUGUUAGUAUUGACACUGAGGCCAGACGAGCUCUUAGAAGCAUACAAAGAUUAUUAGUGGAUUAUAAGGAAUCUCAUCACGGGCCCACUGUGAUAUUAAUACAGACUCAUACUGGGAUAGCAGAGCUACGCAAUGCAGUCCCUGCUCUUGAUCAGUUCCCACACGUACUCAUUCCCUUUAUUGAGAGUGAUAAUCAUUACCUAUUACUGGACUGGCAGAGAUCAGCUUCUAAGAAAAUGAUUGCUCAGUUACUAAAUGCACCUACAUGGCUUCACAAUCGAUUGGAGUAUGCUCGCUAUGCUCACAUACCAGUUGGUAAUUUCUGUCCUGAUGCUGUGGUCUAUGCUGCUGACGUUUUCUAUUCGCGUCAUCUUGCAAGACAUAAUCAUGUGAUAUGGGCUACCCCAACCGACCAGCCUGACCUUGGUGGACAUGAGUCUGAUGAUUAUCGUCUUAUGAUGGAGACUGAUGAUGGGAGGAGUCUGGAACUGAACAAUCCUGGGCUCUAUCCUUCAACGUGUAUAGAACUGAGUAUUGAGGGACUGGCAGUGACUGCUGUACUGCAGGCUAGUCAUAUUAAUGAUUAUGAGGGAGCCUCUAGCACUAGCAUCAGCUUUGACUAUGCACCUCAAGCUUCAUUGGAAGAUCUGAUGGAUGGUACAGCAGCAGCUUCACUGUCAAUAUAUGAUGAAGCUGCUCUUUGUUCCAAUGCCUUCAAAAUAUUAAGAGGGCUAGUACACACAUGGCUACAUGAAGUUUCUACACGUCAGACAACAUAUGCCGACUUUCAAUUACAGCAUUUUUACAGAUGGAUCAGUAGUCCAAAUUCAUUGCUAUAUGAACCAGCAUUGUGUCGCAUGAUUCAUAAACUAAUGAGUAAACUCUUCAUGCAGUUAGUGGGGGAGUUUAAGAGACUUGGCUCUAUGGUGGUCUAUGCUGAUUUUAACAGGAUCAUACUAAGCACUAAGAAAAGGAAACUCUCUGAUGCCUCUGCUUACAUUAAAUUUGUUUGUAAGAGUAUUUAUUCGCGUGAUCUCUUCCACUCAUUAAUAUUACAACCCAAGGGCUGCUGGAAACUUUUGCUAUGGAUGAAUAAAGCAAAUUAUGGUGGGAUUCGCAUACCUUUACCUGAAUCACUGCAUUCCAGAUCAUUGGAAGAGUUACGGUCGGUGGAUGAGAUUCUAGUGGCAGAUGAAGUAGAAGAAGAGCCUCGUUAUAGCUUGGACAUGAAAUGGAAUAUUGUGAAUUAUUUACCAGAAAUUUCUUCGGUCCAGAAAGUUUUCAACAUCGCCCUAGGGGGUUACAUACAGGGUCUGUAUGAGAAGAUACAGGAACUUAUGUCUGUGAGUAGUACACAGCCUAAUGAUAGCUCACUAGUCACUUCAAUUGUAUCUUAUUCUCAAGACUUGAUUGAGAGACAGCUCAGUGAGAAACUGUUUUCGCUUGCACAAGAUAUUCAUCGCUCGCUUGGCGUCAGCUUAGAUUCAAGCGAGUUAUUUCCCCAGCUGCCUGGCUCUCACCUCUCCCUCACUAAUCCAGCACUGGAGUUUAUCAAAUACAUGUGUGAGAUACUGUCACUGGACUCCACUACACAGCAGCAAGUGAAUAAACUAAGACGGGAUCUGCUCAAGUUGAUUGGUGUCAAAGAGUUUUCAGAGGAAGCAGUGUUUGUUGAUCCUUGUUGCUCUUACGUGUUAGCAUCUGUGAUAUGUGAGCAUUGUAAUCAUUGCAGGGACAUUGAUUUGUGUCGUGAUCCACACACUACGUAUGACCAGCAAUUAGACAAAUCAAUAUGGCAUUGCUCUCAUUGUAACAGUCAGUAUGAUCAAGACGUGAUUGAGUUAAAGCUGAUCGAUAUUGUUCACAAUAGAUCAGUCGGCAUGGUUAUACAGGAUCUCAAAUGCGUCAAAUGUCAAGGGGUAAAAGAGACCAACAUGCCUGAUUAUUGUAGUUGUGCUGGUCAGUUUACUGAGACUGUUUCAUUGAAACAAUAUGAAGAACAGCUCAGAACAUUCAAGACCAUUGCACAGCACUUCAAGAUGUCACUUCUAGAUGAAACUGUUUCUUGGUUAUUAUCGUAACUUUUUAAAAAUAAUGAUAAUUUUAUCAAAAAAUAAUUACCGUAUAGCUGGAAA